GCUGGAUGAGGGAAGGGCUUUGGGUGGUUAUAUAAUCCAGUGGUAUGUACAGUACAUGUGUAGCAUAAGGGAAGUGGGUCAGAUUAAAACAGUUUGAGUGAAAGGAACUGAGUUGCAAACUUGCAGCUUUUUAUUUUAUCAUGGAAGAUCCUAAUUUUUCUUCGAGGAUGGCGACCAGCCGAGCAGAACUGAUUGAAUUCGAAGGGAUCUGUAUGACUCAUUACUUUACUGAUGACUGGGAAAAUGUUCAAAAAUUCAAGGCAAGACCAGACGACAUCCUCAUUUCUACUUACCCCAAAGCAGGCACCACUUGGGUUUCCUACAUCUUAGACUUACUAUAUUUUGGCAAUACAGCACCAGAGCGUCAGACCUCAAUACCUAUCUUCAUGCGAGUGCCUUUCAUUGAGGCUGUUCUUCCAACGAUACCUUCUGGGGUUCAACUAGCAGAUAAUUUACCCACCACACCACGACUCAUCAAAACUCAUCUACCUGUUCAGCUGGUGCCCAAGUCCUUCUGGGAACAGAACUGCAAGGUUGUCUAUGUAGCACGUAAUGCCAAAGACAAUCUUGUGUCUUAUUUCCACUUUGAGCGCAUGAAUGAAAUACAACCCUAUCCAGGAGACUGGAACAAUUAUCUACAACGGUUCAUGGAUGGAAAGACUGUGUUUGGUCCUUGGUAUGAUCAUGUGUGUGGCUACUGGGAGAAGAAGCAGACCUACUCUAAUCUUCACUACAUGUUCUUUGAGGAUAUGGUGGAGAAUAUUGAUCGUGAAGUGGAGCGGCUGUGCUCUUUCCUCGGUUUAUCUAAACCAACAGAAGAGAGAGAGAAGAUUACCAAAAAUGUCCAUUUUGACGCCAUGAGGCAAAACCAGAUGACCAACUACUCCACACUCCCAGUCAUGAAUUUUUCGAUCUCACCAUUCAUGCGCAAAGGUAAAGUCGGUGACUGGAAGAAUCACUUCACAGUGGCCCAGAAUGAGCAGUUUGAUGAACACUACAAAGAAAAGAUGAAAAACACAACUUUAAAAUUUCGAACACAGAUUUAGGACGUCAUGAGAAUCUUAGAAUUUUUUUUUUUUACAUUAUAUUUUUAUUAAGGUCAAGUUAAGCAGCAAAACCUGAAAGGGAAUAAAACAAACAAAUCAAAUAUGUUAUAAAUUUCUGUUAUGUUUAUAACUUUUAUCAUAUAAAAAGGCAGGUGCAGAUAUAUAACAGCAUCUUCCUAGAUAUAUCGCCUGGAUUGAUUUAUUGAGAAAAAUUGUAUUUUUAAAAAUAUAAAUGUACUCUACUAUCACCUUGAUAUUGAGUGUGACAUGAUACAAACUGUAAGGUCUCUCUUCUUUACAGAGAGAGAUUAUACAAAUAUAAUAAAGGUUUGGGCUUUGACCUUCUCCUACCAAUAUAAAGUUUUACAAAAGUUUUAUAAGUUUUUAUAAAGAGUUUUAGAACAGCAUAAACAAGGUCAUGAGCAGUUUUGUAAAACCUAUAAACUCUUCAGAGAAGAGUUUAUAGGUCUCAAAAGAAGUUUAUGUGUACUCAAAAUGUUACUCGAAGUCAUCAGGUGAGCUCAUGGGUUAAUUUUCAUAUAUAGUGAAUUGUUAAAAUUGUUUGCAUAUCAAAAAAUGUUCCAUUAAGUAUGAAGAUUUUGUACUAAUGGGGUCUAAAAUGUCAGAGCUAGUGACAAUGUUUCUAAGUUGUUUCACUAGAAAUUAUAAUGUAUUUGAACAAGUGUAUUAAACAUAACACAACCUUUAUUUUCUUUUAUUUCUAUUAUCAGUGCUUCUGUUAUAGAAAAUUAAACACCUUAUUAAAAAGUGA